CAUCCAACCCGCUUUGCGUCCCCUCAUCGUAGCAUCGGCUCAACGCCCCUCUUCCCCUCCUUACCCCUCUCCGGUAUACACUAUCCACCAUGGCCACAACAGCAGCAGGCCGCAUGCUCUCCCGCCAACUGCAGCAAAUGCAGUCGGACAAGGACAUUCCCGGGAUUAGCUGCGGAUUGGUCGAUAACAAUGUCUUUGAAUGGGAGGUCAUGCUUAUGAUCUCCGAUGAUGUCAAGUUGUACGGCGGUGGUUUCUUCCGCGCUCGUCUCUCGUUUCCUCCUGACUACCCUCACAUGCCGCCGAAAAUGAAGUUCGAGACGCCUCUGUAUCAUCCUAACAUCUACCCCAACGGCGACGUCUGCAUCUCCAUCCUCCACCCCCCGGAGGAAGACAAGUACGGAUACGAAUCCGCCGCCGAGCGCUGGUCCCCCGUGCAAACGCCCGAGACGAUCCUCCUCUCCGUUAUCUCCAUGCUCUCCAGCCCCAAUGAUGAAAGUCCCGCCAAUGUCGAGGCCGCGCGGUUAUGGCGGGAAGACCCGAAAGAGUUCAAGAAGAAGGUGCGCAAGUGCGUACGGGAUAGUUUGGGAGAGGAGUAAAUGAGUUCCUCCUUCCCUUAUCUACUUUUUUCAUACCUUGAGUCCAGCUACUCAGUCGUGGUAUGAUAUGAUUUACAUGGAACGGAGACGGAAAUGGGUCACUAUGGUUUCUUUUUCCUUGUGUUGUUGGUUGCAUGAUAGAAGGACUGCUUGGUGCGGUUGAUUCGGCUGAUGGUCUAUCUAUUUACUUACCGGAUGAUAUGCAUUUUUCAACUGACAUUUGUUGCUGUUGAUGCGGGGAGUUUGCUUCUUUUCGAGCUGUUGAUUGGUCUAAGACGGAGUUUAGUUCAAUUGCUUACUUGACUUUCCUUGCCUUCCUUUCUUUCUAUUUCAACCUAUCAUUGCACUCGUUUGAUCCUUGUCAUGCGCUGUCCAGCUUUGAUUGUAUAUCCUUUUGGGUGUAGGCAGGUUUCCUUUCCCAGUGAAUAUACUUGUGGUAUAGGAUUACAUACACGACAACACUGACUGUUGGUUGCUCAAGUAUUACUCUGUCGUACCAGAUUAGAGUCGUAUAACCAUACUGAGAAUACCGCAGUAG